AACAUCGAUUUGCAAAGAUAUGAAGAAAAAAAUUAAGGAUCACAUAAAUGGGUACAAAGCGAUUACUACCAGAUAAUACAGAAGGUUCAAUUGUUAUAGAAUCUACACAUCGUUCUACACCUCCACCAUUAAAGUUGCGUAUAAAACAUCAAACUUUAUCACAGAAGCUUUCAUUAGAUAUUUAUGAAUCAAAAAGUGAUAAAGAUAAAUACUGUACUCUUUUAAAUUUUUCUAAGUCAUUGCGCUUGACAGGGAUAACUGCAGAUGAAUGUGAACAAUUAAUGAGACUUUUUAAGGAGUUAGUUAAACGAGAACCUGACCAUAUGCUUCGUGCUAAAGUUAUUGAAUUAAUGGCAAUUUUGUGUGGUAUAAUUGGAUCAAAUAAAAUGCAAAUUGUUGAAGAUAUUUUAGAGUGCCUACAUAAAGAAGAUAACCAUAGUGUUAUCAGCAGAAUAUUCAAAUCAUUAACAAUGACUUCAGUUUUAAUUCCUAACAAAUCUGAUGUUAUCCAGAGAAUUUUAAAAACUGCUAUCAAGAAACUUGAAGAUUGUCAUCAAGAUGUGAGGUGCUCUUGUUUGUUUUUGAUAUCUCGAAUUUGUAUGAGUGAACCAAUUAAAAUUACAAGUGCAAGGUCAGUGACUCCUUUGGAACUAUUUAAUGAGUUUUCUGCUGAUCAAGAUCCUCGUGUGAGAGAAGUUGUGUUCCAAUCUCUGUUAACUCUACAUCAGCGUGGACACAUAUUAGAUUUUAUUUUAUAUGAAAAAGCAUGUGUUGCACUUUCUGAUGACUAUGAGGAUGUUCGACAAGCUGCAAUAAUGUUGAUAUGGGUUUUCAGUCAUACCCAGCCUGAGAGACUGAUUUCUUCAGUGUGUCAACCUGAUGGUAUUCCACUAAUGGAUGAUGCUUUUAUAAAAAUCUGUAGUAUGGUAAAUGACAGCUCAAUGAAAGUUCGAGCAAAGGCUGUUAGCUUGUUAAGUUCAUUGCACAAUGUUAGCUUUGCUUUGCUAGAGCAGACAUUGGAUAAAAAGUUAAUGUCAAGUGGUAAAAAAACAAAAAGUUUUAAUGAACGAGCAUCUGAGAGAUUUCUUGGAGGCGAAGAUACCUCUAUUAAUACUCAAUGGAAUACAGGUAAUACCUGGAGUGACAACCUUGUUACAGUUAAUAAACCAGAUGAACAAGAGGUUCAACUAAUGAAUACUGGUGCAUGUGGAGUUUUUGUUCGUGCACUUGAGGAUGAGUACAUGGAGGUUCGCUCUGCUGGAAUUGAUUCUAUAUGUGAGUUAGCUAAUCAAAAUGCACAGUUUGCUCAACUUUCAACUGAUUUUUUGGUUGAUAUGUUUAAUGAUGAAAUAGAGAUAGUUAGGCUAAACUCCAUUACAAGCUUAAUGAAGCUACACAAGUACGUUGAUUUCCGUGAAGAUCAACUUGACACAGUUUUAGAAUGUUUAAAUGAUUUUAAUCAAUUGGUCAGAGACUCUGUUCGUGAAUUACUUGGCUAUUGCUUGUUGUCUACUCAAGCUUGUUUGCAUGCAACAGUGUUAGCUUUGUUAAGCAAUCUAAAGAAGUACCCUCUGGAUAAUGAGUCUAUAUGGAAAUGUUUAAAAGAGCUGGGAAAGCGCCACUCUUACUUUGUUUCUUCUUUAGUUCCCGAAUUGUUAGUUACCCAUCCCUAUUAUGCUGUUCCGGAACCAAAUAUAAAUGAUCCAUCUCAUAUAGCAAUAGCAGCCCUUAUAUUCAAUGCUGCUGAGAAUUGCUCAUCAAUAUUUAGUUUGUUACCAUCUUAUACAAAGCAACAUUAUGAAUAUUUGAGAGACAGCCUUCCACAUUUAAUUCCUCAGUCAAAAGAAAAAAAAGAGUUUUCAACAGAUGAUGAUGGUAAUGUUGUUAAUGAUUUUUUCUCAUCUGCUGUAAGUCGAAUGUACAAGGUUUUAGAAAUGCCUAAUUCUAAUAUGAACACAUCUAUUUUAUCAUGUAUUAAAGAUUUUCAACAUAUAAAAAGUAUGAAUCAAUAUUUUUCUCCUGCGGCAGAAUUUUUGUGUCUUUUUUUGGAGUGUCAUCAGAAACUCAUUAAAUGUAGAAGUGAUCGUACUUGGUCUAUUCCUGCUGCUAUGGCAACAUCUUCAUUAUGUAGCUCAUUGCAAAAUGAUGUUAUUGAUCUUAUGAACAAUUCGUACAAGUUAGAAUUUAUGUAUUCAGGGUUAGCAAGUGAAAAUGUAAACACACUAAGGCUUAUCAGAAUAUUAGCACACAGUUUGUGUGUGCUUUUGGAACUUCGACUCAUUACCAAAGAUCAUUUACCCAAAAAGGUAAACCUUAAACUCUGGGGAUCAUUUUUACAACGUCUUCGUAAAUUUAAAGAGCAUGUAGUAUCAACUUCUGAUGUAAAUGAUCAACUUAAAGAAGUUCUCAAGUUGCAGGACUCAAUUGAAGAAAACGUUUCAGAAACUUCUACACUUAUCACUGUUUUACAGGAAUUUUUUCUCAGUUACCCAAUCAACAUUUCUGUUAAAAAUCGUUUGCGACUUACACAUGCAAAGAUGGUAGAACCAAGAAGUUACUUAGACACUCCUCUAAAAUUUUGUGCUGGUUUGACACUUAGUGUACUUGUUGUAGCUUACAUUGAAAAUGUAGAUAAUAUCUCUGAUAUUCAAGUUAAGAUAGUUUACCCGGAUCAUAAAGUGCAACUGCAUAAACCUGCAUUGAAUGACUUUAAUUGUUGCAGUUUUGGUAAACAUCGACUUACGUGUAAAGUCAUUCUUAGUCACAACACGUGGACAGAAUCAUCUAAUGUAAAGUUGAAUAUAGUUAAAGCUUAUGUUACGGAUAUAAAAGACGAGAUCAAUAAAGAGCAGCUAGAAGCAAUUGACGAUUAUAACUAUAAAGGUUUCUUAGAUUUGUGCGAACCAGUUAAAGUGUAUAUUCAUCCUAAAGCUGUUUCGAGGUGAACUGCCAAUUAUGUUAAUAACACUUUUUAGUGCCAAAAGAUCAGUUUUAUAUCGGUAAAAA